GCAGAGGUUGAGGAGGCUGGGAGCCUCUUGGGGGACAGAGGGGGCUGGUGGCUGGUGGCUGGAGCCUGUUGGGAAGGGGCAAAGGUUGAGGGACUGGCAUGUGGGCUGUUUGAGGGGGGUUGAUGUGGGGAGGGUAUUUGUAAGGCACCAGAAGAGGGUGGGAGUCAGUGGGGAGAGAGUCUUGUGGGGCUAGGGCUGAGGGGCUUGGUAAGGGCCCUGUGAGAAACAAAGAGGGGGAGAUCAGAGUGGGCAGGCACCCCCCCCCCGGGAGGGUUGAGCCCUCUAUUACCUGACAAGAUGAGCUCUCCGUGCGAGGCUCGUGGCACGUUUCCUCUGCAUGUCUUAGUCUGGAAUAAUGACUACAAACAGCUGGAUAAAGAGCUGGAAGGCAAGGAUGUCGAUCAGCGUGACCCACGGGGUCGGACCUUGCUGCACCUCGCUGUUUCCUUGGGAUAUAUAGAGUCUGCCGAAGUCCUUCUUCGACACAAGGCAGAUGUUACCAAAGAGAAUGCACAGGGAUGGACAGUUUUACAUGAGGCUGUAAGCACAGGAGACCCAGAGAUGGCAUACCUGAUACUGCAGCAUCGCGACUACCACCAAACGUCUGCAACACUUGGAGGGGUUCCUGAAUUACUCCAAAAAAUUAAUGAGACUUCUGAUUUUUAUGUGGAAAUGAAAUGGGAAUUCACUAGCUGGGUUCCACUUGUUUCCAGAGUGUGUCCAAAUGAUACCUGUCGCAUCUGGAAAAGCGGAGCUAAGUUACGCGUUGAUAUCACAUUAUUGGGCUUUGAAAAUAUGAGCUGGGAACGAGGGAAACGUAGCUUAAUUUUCAAGGGAGAAGAUACAGGAGGCUGGGCAGAACUAAUUGAGAUAAACCAUGACGACAAAGUUGUCACAACAGAGCGUUUUGAAAUCUCUCAACAAAUGAAGCGUCUGACUUUGGGCUCUGUGAUGCCAGAAAGAAAGGAGGUGGAAAGACGCCUUACGUCUCCAAUUAUUAAUACAUGCCUUGAUACUAAAAAUAUUGCGUUUGAAAGAAAUACAUCUGGAUUUUGGGUAUGGAGGACAGAGAAAGCAGAAGGUGUUAAUGGUUAUGAAGCAAAGGUCUAUACAGCAAACAAUGUGAAUGUAGUCACAAAAAUCCGAACAGAACACUUGACAGAAGAAGAGAAAAAAAGAUAUAAAGCUGACAGAAAUCCACUGGAAUCUUUUCUUGGUACUGUAGAGCAUGAGUAUGGUGUGCAGGACCUCAAAACAGAGUAUGCCACAAUGAAUAACCCUACAGCCAUUACUCUGGAGGAAUAUUUUGACCCGAAGUUCGAUCUGAAAGAUAGGGACAUAGGAAGACCCAAAGAAGUCACUAUUAGAACGCAGAAGUUUAAAGCAACCUUGUGGAUGUGUGAAGAAUUCCCCCUCUCUCUCAUGGAGCAGAUCACUCCAAUCAUUGAUCUGAUGGCCAGAGCUAGUGCUCAUUUUGCUAGACUUAAAGACUUCAUCACUUUGGAAUUUCCACCUGGAUUUCCGGUCAAAAUUGAAAUUCCCUUGUUUCAUGUGCUUAAUGCUCGGAUUACAUUUGAAAAUGUUAAUGGCUGCAGGACAGCUGAGGAAACUUCUUCACAAACUGCUGAAGGUGCAGAGUGUGAGUUGGCUUCUACAGCCUCUAGCUUUGAGGUCAACCAGUCUGUGUUUGAAAUCCCCAAAUCUUAUCACACUCAACAUGAUGGUAGGAACGUGCGUGUGCAAGAUGAAGAUAAUGAAAUAAUGCAGUUUGCUAUUCAGCAGAGUUUGUUGGAGUCCAGUGGGAACAAAGAAGCCUUAGGAAUGCAUUCCAAUGGAGCAGUUGCCUAUGCACAGGACUUUAAUAUACAGUAUCAAAGGGCACUUCAGGAGAGCUAUAUUAUGAGUUCAAGUACUCCCCAUGUUAGCACUCCAAAUGAGUCUUCCAGUUUUGAUAAAGACUUACAGCUUGCCAUGGAGUUGUCUGUCAGAGAGCAGCAGGAGCAGGAGAAACGGCGUCGUGAAGAGGAGGAGGAAGAAUUUCAACAAGCUUUGCAGCGCUCUCUCACAGAAAAAUAGACUCCUCCUUCAAACCUCUAAAAGAGGGGUGCCUCAAUGUAUGUGACACUGAGGGCUGCAGUAGCUAGGAGCCUGAGGACCACUCUUGGGUUGCAUAAGUAGAGGAUGUCCUAGCCACCUUUUAAUUGUCACCUUUAACAUAGAGAUGUGGCCCAGAGAUGCUACAGCUCUGGGCAUGCAGUUCUCUAGCUUGACCCAAGUGCCCUGGCGUGUUGUGUGCGGACACCUGUAGUUUCUAUGGGCUGCCACCUCCAUGAUUAAAGGUGAGGACAGUGGUAGAAUUCCAGGAGCUAUAUUUGGCUCCCAGGCCAUAUCCUGUUCAAAAAUUUCAUAAAGGGAAGAGAGAGAGAAAUAUAUAAAGAACUGGAAACCUUGCCUGGGCUAUAUACCUAGGAGCACAGCGAUAUUUGAGAACCUGAUACAUAGAGAGUUCAGAAGAGAAACUUCCUUAUUACCUACCAAAGGCAUAUUAAUCUGUUCAGUCUUUCCUAGUAAUUGAAUGCCAGUCCCUGUUUCUUUUCUAAAUAGAGAGGAGAAUGUGUGAAGUAGUCUUUCACUCCAGCGAGUGGCUUCCAUUAGAUUUGGGUGCACAUGACUAGGGAUAUUUUGUCUUUUCAGUUCCUGAGCAUUUAAAAUGCAGCCGUGCUUAUCAAUAAAGUUGAUUUUUAAACUUGAGUUAAUUCAGGCUAAAGGUGCACUCAAGAUUAAACUAAUGCUUUCUGGCCAAGGGCAAAAAAGAUAGCUAAUAGAAGGUUUUUUUCCCCUUAAAAAGGGACUACCUGUUCAUUCAAAUAUAGGUUUCUCUAGUGAUUCAAGACCAGCUUAGUUCACACAAUCAAAGAGGGCAGCAAGAAAAUACAUAGAAAUAGGUGCUUUUUUAAAAAAUCAAUUUACUUUUUUUGUGAAAGAAAUUUACACUUAUUUGGAGGUAGGGUGCUGAAUACAUGCAGAGAAAUUAGGUGAAAUUUUCAUGUAUGCCUAUAAGUAAGUUCUGCCAUCUCAAAGGGAAAUAUAAAUAUUGCUUUUUAAAAGUCAAAUGUAAAUCCUUCAUAUGAAUACAUAUUUUUUAUCUAAAUCUUUUUAUUGAUUUUUAAGAGAAACCAAGUCAAUACAAUUACACUCUUAGGGAAUAGUAUCAUUAGCAAUACAGGAGUGUAUUUUUACCAAGUUUUCUCAGGUCUUUAUUCAUACUAUAUAUUUUUAGUUCUUUUGUCUGCACUUCUGUAAAUGUACACAGCAUACAUGCUGUGAUUGUCAAAUGCACUCCUCCAGUACAGACUGUACAACCAUAGGAAAGCCUUACUGCAGUGAAACAUCUUACUGAGCAAUAUUUCCUACUUAUAGCUGGCAGAAGUGCAAAGAAACCUAUGGUACAUGUGGUCUUAUCCUGCAUUUGUUACUCAGGCAAAACACAGGGCUGCCUCUGGCCCUAUGUGAAAUACUAUUAACCAGUCUAACUUGCAAUAAAAUGAACAUGAUCAUAAUCAGUAAAAAGUAAUUUAGAACUCAGUUUUAUACCGUAUAAUCAUCUAUUGUUUACGUAGCAAUCAGAUUAAAAUUCCUUGUAUGCUCACUUGUGCCAGUAUAAUCUGUGUCAUGUUUGUUUCAGACUAUGCAGCUUGCAUUUCAUAAAACUUUGACUUCAUCCCUAAAUAGUUUAUUUGGGGUUAGCAGUAACACUAUCACUUGCUUACCCAUAAGCAGCUAUACAUUGGAAUUAUUGCUCCUCUCUUUGAAAAGAGAAUUGCUGUAACUGUCACACCUACCUGAGGGACUUAAAGCCUUUCGUUAGUGUUUUGACAAGUUGUGAAAUAACAGAUAAAAGAAUUCAGUUUUUUUUCCUCGUGGAAAUAAAAAGCAUUGCUCCCUUUAA